UUGAUGCACAAAUUGAAAAAUCGACUCGGUAAUGUUGACUGGCCGCUUAGUUAACUGACCAAUAUAUAUACGAAAUGGGUGCUGCUUAUACAAUUUUCGGAAGACAAGUUCCUGCUCACAUUCUUUCAAUUGCUACUUUAGGAUCGGUCGCAGCUAUUAUAGCUUGGCCAAAAGGUGCCAAAGAGGCUACACCAUCUGCCACUCCAGUUGCACCAGUUGUUCAAACUAAGGAAGAUGACUUUGAUUUGGAAAAGUUCAUUAAUGACUUAUCUAAGGAAGAAUCUAAGUAGGGAGGUAAUGCCAAUGAUAUAUUGUCAGUAGAAUUACGACUAUAAUUGAAUAUAUAUUAUGAGAUAAGA